AUGCAAAAAUUAAAUACAAUAUUACGAUGCAAUGAUACAGAAGAAACAGUACCACCAAAAAACCGUAAAAUACAUCAAAACCGAUCCAUACAAGCCCGCCAUAGAAGAAAUCAUCAACGAAACACGGUACUUAAAAAGUACCGUUAUUAUUAUUCAAUAAAACGAAAAUGGUAUCCUCGUUUUCCAAUGUUAAUGAUCCGACAAAUUCUUCGUUUAUAUCGUAUUAAUUAUAAACAUGUUCGAAAUGAUGGCGAAGAAUUAUUAAUUAGCUUAAAAGAUCGACAAAGUCGCGAUACAGCUCAUCAUCAAUUACCAUGGAACAUAUUCAAUCGGCACAAUUAUUUUCAUUAUCGAAAAGUAUUUCGACAUUAA